AUGUUCGAUAGGAUUAAGGUCAGGAGGCUGACUAGGCAAGUUGAGUUCACGGGUUUUCUCCUUCUCCAUUUAUUGUUGAACAACUUUAGCCGUGUGUUUCGGGUCGUUAUCGUUUUGAAAUAAGGAUCCUUUUAUUUUUAAAGAACGACAAUAAGGUAUGGCAAUUUUGGAUAAAAUUUCUAAGGAAACCGUCUUAUCCAUAAUUUUUUCUAUACGAUCAGAAGUUCGAUGUUGUUGUAGGCAAAACACGACCAAACCAUUAUGCCUUUUGAAUGCUUGACUGUUGACCGUAGGUACCACAAUUGAUUUUCAGAGUUAGGUGGCCUUCUUAUCUAUCGUUUACCAUCUGAUUCCUUAGUAUUCAGCUUUGAUUCAUCACUGAAAAUAACCUUUUUUAAAUCAUCACUUGUCCAAUAUUCAUGUGCCCUUGCAAAUUCAAGCAGGAGUUUGCUAUUUUUGAUCCUAAUCGAAGGUUUCUUCUUGGAAAUACAGCCACAACGUUCGGCAUGUUAACCAUGGUAGCUAUUGCUCGAAUCGUUAUCUUCCCUUUGACAAUACGCAAAAUUAAAAAACGAACCUCUUCACCUGCUUGUUUCGGCAUACUGUAACGUAAAAGCUAUUAAAACACAAAAACAGCACAAAAACUAGUACAAAUAAAAACUUACAUUAGAUAUUAACAGCUUCCGUCACAAGUGUCCCACUUUUUUUUGCCAAGCAAAAUUUUACAAAAAAUUUUUUAAAAUAUUUAAGACUCGAAUUAAAAUUUUUUUUGCUUCAAUAUGUUAAACAUACCCUACAUUUUCAUAAUAGCUAGGCAGGGCUAGCUAGCUACCUGUGCCGAUUUUUUGUGAAAUUUUUUUCUGAAAAUCCACAAGGGGGACCACGUUCAACUUUUUUCAAAAAAUUUUUUUUCUGGGGUACACCCCCCACCCCCCCCCCGUCCCCGCCCCCCCCUCGCGCCCGGCCCUGUAGCUAGGUAUAAAUUUAUAAACGUUCGAAAAAAUUUUCAAAUUGACAAAAAACCGACUGUGCCAUUUUAUUUGCCGCCACUGUAAAAGUAAUUUCCUAAACAGCUCGCAAUAGCCGUUCUGCAAAUGUGACAAUCAAUCCUUUCAUGAAUCCAUAACAACUUGCCAUUUCAGUGUGUUGGAAACCACGAGCUGAUCUUUGUUUUGAUCACAUGGGCUGGGCCCAUCAACUCCAUGUUGAACCCGCUGAUCUACUCCAGAUUCUCUCGUGAUUUCCGCAAAGCCUUCAAACAAAUUCUGACUUGCCAGAGGGAAAAACCGACCAGAAAAUCCAUCAAGACUCCCCUCAACAUUGUCUUCGCCCAACUGGUAUCUAUCACGCAGCUCUGGGAACAGCCUCUAGAAAGCAACUUGUUCUAUACGCCCAUUAUUGGAACAUGUGUACACCAACGCGUUCUACAAAGUUGA